AGUAUUUCUUUUUUUUUUUUUUUCUUUCUCGUCUGUGUACUCUUGCCUCUCUCACUGUGGACAUAACAAUGUCUCUUAACUUUCCCCCCGUCACGCCGAUUUAUCUAAUUGCGAGAGUAUCUCUUAACACGUCCAUUUACACACUUGUCCCGCUCGUUUCUUUCAACCUUACGGUACGCAUUUUUAACGCAGGUAUGACGUCUUUUCAAUUAGCUUGUCAGAUACUGAUUUCUCUUGAAAUUAUUUCGCUUUUUCUACAAGACUUUUUGAAAAUUCUUCAACUCUUUUUUUUUCUCCCCUAGUUUCCCUUGAAAAAUGACAUUAUCGAUGUCUUCUCCCUCUCCCCCUGCGUCUAAAUUCUCGUUGCCUGACCUAUCGAACACUUUGGGGAGUUCUCAGCUUAACGAGACUACCCCCUGUUCUGCAACCCCCUACUAAUACAAUAUUGCUGAAAUGUAUUUGUCUAGAACGUUGUCUUCACAACGCUGCGGCAAUCGUACUUUUUCUUUCUUUAAUACGAAAAGUCGCACUUUCUGAACGCAAUUAUUCUCGGGACAGGCACGCUUCUCUCGUUUUCUAUUGUCUCUGUAAAAUAAUUUUGAUGGACAGAUUUCUCCUCGAGUCUCCAUUAUACGAGGCCCUCGUGUCGAUAAAUUAUCAUUUGGAGGUUCUUACAUCUUCAUCGAUUAAAUCCCCGGGCAGGUUUUCUCUCCGGUUCCCCCGCUUCCGAGGUCGGCGAUCGAUCGCCGAUCGCACUUAGAAAUCCCGACGAGAAGGACCCCGUCGUACGCGGUCGCGUCGACCGUUUGCCUCAUCACCGCGGGACGUCACGGUCCCGGAACCCGGAACCCGGAACCCGGAACUCGCGCCACCGCGCCAGUCGCGUCGUGGACCUGUCGAAAAACGGGAAUACAUCUCCCUUCCUCGGACUCGGAGAGGAAGCACGUGGUGGGCGUCCCCGGGCGACACCUAGCGUCCGGAAGGUGGCGGGCCGAACGUUUCUCCCGUGGCCCGCCGUGGCCCGCGCUUCUCGGCUCUCGGCUCAGUUCAGUUAACACACGCACGUCGUCCGGUGUGCGUCGUCGUUGUCCUCCUCGUUGUCUUAUCGUGCGUUACCGUCGCGUAGGGAGCCUCGAUCUCGCUCUCACGGCCUCCUCCAUCUCCACCGUACUCAUGCGCGACUAUUCCGCGCCACGUGUUCUAGCGAUAUUGUGUGACCAGCGAGUUUCGACCGCAUGAAUGCAAGGGCGAAUUGACCCUUCUCUCCCUUCCCUUCACUCCUCUCCUCUCCUGUCUCCCCCGUUCGCUCUCGGCUCUCUGUUUACAUACGCUUCGCGGUGCUGUGAUGUGCGACGGUGAGAGGUGCGGCGCUCUUCACGAGACACGGUAGUGAGGUGUGCGACGAAACGAAAAAAAAAAAGGUGAAAAAAAAGGAAAGUACUACGGAUAUAUACAGCAACAUGUAUCCCGGUGCCAGUAUGAACGCGGCGGCGGCAGCGGCGGCCGUGGCGGCUGCGGCUCGACACCCGGGCCCACCGCAACCCAACCAACCGUUCAAGUUCACGGUCGCCGAGUCCUGCGACAGGAUCAAGGAGGAGUUCAACUUCCUGCAGGCGCAGUACCACUCGCUGAAGCUGGAGUGCGAGAAACUGGCUAACGACAAGAUCGAGAUUCAGCGACACUACGUGAUGUACUACGAAAUGUCGUACGGCCUAAAUGUGGAAAUGCAUAAGCAGACGGAAAUAUGUAAGAGAUUGAACAAUAUCAUCACGCAAAUUAUACCGUUUCUUUCUCAAGAGCAUCAACAACAAGUCGCUGGAACCCUCGAUCGGGCGAAGCAAGUUACGAUGACCGAACUAAAUACCAUAAUGGGACAGCAGAGGCCAGACAUACCGCGGUUCCUUCAGCAAAUGCACGCUCAGCAAAUACCACCGGGAGCGGCGAUGGGUCAUCCAGGUCUACCUGGACUUCCCGGAUUGGGGCCAGCUGCCGGUCUUCCGGUACCAACUUCCGCGUCCGCGGCUUUGCUGACCGGUCUCGGACUGAAUCCUGGACCGCCCGCGGCCCCUGGUACGACCGCCGCCACGCAUUCCCUGUCGAUGCUCGUCAAGCCUGACAUCCACCGUGGUCAACCGGAUGAUCUCAAGAGCAACGGCGGUCUGAGCUCGACGGAGGACAGACACCGGAGCUCGAUAUCCCCGGCCGACAAGUACAAUCGAGCGCGCACGCCGCAAGAGACAACUCACCAUUCUCAUCACACGCAUAAUCACCACGACCACUCGUUGCACUCGGCGAAGAAGAUGAAGAAGGACCAUGACACGUGUAAAGAUGCGGGACAUAGUGACGGCGAGAAGAGUGAUCAGGAUCUAGUUGUGGACGACGGGAGUGACGGUCCGCCUAGUCCAGUGAUGAAUGGCGUGACGUCGCCUCGCGAAAACGGCCUAGACAAGGUUUCGUCGGUGCCUUCGAUGGGAGCGGCCGGCGUGCAGACCAUAGGGAAGAAGGAUCUGGUUGCGCCGCACUCGCCCAGAAGCGGCACGAGUAGUAACGCGAGCACGCCCUCGACCAAGAAGAUGGAGGAGCGCGAGAAACCGACAACGCCAAUCUCGAAGCCGUUCACACCGACGUCGGGGCCCACGUCGGCGGUGAUCGGCGGCAGUAUAAAGUCCUCGAUCUCGGGUAAGCUUUUGCAGGGACCGCCGGUGCCACCACCGCCCGCGACUGCUUAUCCGAGUUCAUUGCAUUAUCCGUCGCCCGGUCUGCCGCCACCGCCGCACAAUCUCGCGCCGGUGACGCACGGCCAACAUCCGCAUGUCGACGUGAUGGCAUAUAACGGUUACGCGACACCCCGCCCGCCCGCCGCUCUGCAACAACUCUAUGACCCGCACGCGACUCUGAGGACUUCCUCGGUCGGGACACAGGGUGGAAAACCUGCGUACAGCUACCAUGUGUUGAACGACGGGCAGAUGCAGCCAGUGCCGUUCCCGCAGGACGCUCUUAUGGGCCCAGGAAUACCGCGCGUCGCGCGUCAGAUUAGUACCCUCGAUCAUGGCGAAGUAGUCUGCGCAGUGACGAUCUCGAAUCCAACCAAGUAUGUUUACACCGGUGGCAAAGGCUGCGUCAAAGUUUGGGACAUCGGCCAAGCGGGUAUGAACGAGGUAAAGCCUGUCUCGCAAUUGGACUGCCUGCAACGCGACAAUUACAUCAGGUCGGUCAAGUUACUUCCGGACGGUAGGACAUUAAUAGUCGGCGGCGAAGCCAGUCAGCUGAGUAUCUGGGAUCUGGCUAGUCCAACGCCGAGAAUCAAAGCUGAGCUGACCUCCUCGGCACCGGCGUGCUACGCCUUGGCUAUCUCGCCGGAUUCGAAGGUCUGCUUCAGCUGUUGCAGCGACGGCAACAUCGCCGUAUGGGACUUGCAGAAUCAAACGUUGGUCAGGCAAUUCCAAGGUCACACGGAUGGAGCUUCGUGCAUUGACAUCUCUGCCGACGGUUCGAAGCUUUGGACCGGCGGCCUCGACAAUACCGUCCGUUCCUGGGACCUUAGGGAAGGCCGGCAGUUGCAGCAGCACGAUUUUAACUCGCAGAUAUUCUCUCUUGGUUUUUGUCCUACCGGCGAGUGGCUAGCGGUCGGAAUGGAGAACUCGAACGUCGAGGUAUUACACGCCACGAAAUCGGACAAGUAUCAGCUACACCUGCACGAGUCUUGCGUAUUGUCGCUGAGAUUUGCCUCAUGCGGCAAAUGGUUCGUCUCUACAGGGAAGGAUAAUCUGCUGAACGCCUGGCGUACGCCGUACGGAGCGUCGAUAUUUCAGGCGAAGGAAUCCUCGUCGGUACUUAGCUGCGAUAUAUCGACAGAUGACAAGUACAUCGUCACCGGUUCCGGCGACAAGAAGGCUACAGUUUACGAGAUCGUAUACGUAUAAGAGAUGUAUAGCGCUGUGUGAGAGGUUACUAACCAUUCCAUGGAGACAGAGCGCUCAUCGAGAGUUCUUUCGGAACUAUUAAGGCUAAUCUGCAAUAUGCUCUUUGCGCACAAUCGGUCUUAUCAACAAUUGUGUUUCUUGUCUUUUUCGGAGACAACUUUUAUCUCACCAAUUUCGAUAAAACAUUGUGCGAAGAGACAAUAGGCAAAAAGCAAAAAAAAAAAAA